AUGUUUAAUAUUAAUAAGAUUAAAUAGAAGUUUAACAUUGAAGAUUGUUCAGAAUCAGAAUAAGAAUAAGAAUAAGAUGAAACAUAAAAGAAAUCUUCUGAUAAUUAAUAAUUAUUUCAAACAUCUUUAUUUUCAUCUUAAACUUUACAUUCUAAAUCAUUAAAGAAAAAACCAUUAGCUAAAUUAACACUCUAAGAUUUCUUAACAAAUUAUGAUUAAAAUUUUGAUGAUGUUUUUGGAGAAGAAGAUGAACUUCUAUAAAAUAAAUAAUCUAAUUAAUAAUAAUCUAAAAAGAAAAAAAAGAAAUCUAUAUCUACUAAAAAGAUAAAACCAUAAUAAUAAUAAUAAUAAUAAUAAUCUGAUUCUGAAUCUGAAUUUAAAUCAUUACCUAAAUAAUCUAAAUCAAAAGAUAUUGGUAUAUAUUCAGAAUAAUCAAAUCCAAAAUUAUAUGAAGAUACUUUUAUUAAAUAAUCAAUUUCUAAUAAUAAAAAUCAAAAAAAACAAAAAUUAACUUAAAUUAAUCAAAGUAAAUUCACAUCAGAAGAAAAAUCAAAUGAUAUUAAAAAAUAUGAUCCAAAUUCUAUUGAUAUACCUGAUAAUACUAAAACAGAUAAAAAAAAUUAUAAAUUAAGAAAGUUUUUAUUUAAUUUCGGUCUUGAAUAAUAAAAUCCAGGCGAUGAUUAAGAUGAAGAAGAAGAAUAAAAAGAAGAUUAAAAAUAAAGUAUGAAAGAACUUAAUAUAAAAAACAAUAAAAAGAAAAACAAUUAAAAAUGUGAUAGUAAUGAAAAUUAAAUAGAAUAUAAAAAAACAAGAAGCAAAAAUUCAAAUAUAUAAAGUGAAUUAGAUAUAGAUUAAAUAGAAAAUAGAAGAAAGAAAAGACCAUAAGUAAAAUCUAAGAAUAAGGAAGAAAAUAAUUAAUAAAUUAAAUAAAAUCAAUAAGAAGUAGAUAAAAAAACAAUGUUAAAUCUUGACACAUUAAAAAUGAAUAUUUACAUACCAGAAUGUAAUCCUAAAGAUAAUAAUAAUAAUAAUAAUCAUGAAUAGAAUGAUAAUAUUAAUUAAUGA